GUUUAUUAUCUUGUCUAGUAUAUCAUAGAGUCAGUCUAGUUAUAGGGGCUCUAGUAUAUCAUUGUUAUCAUUUUUAUCUCGUAGGAAAUAAUACACCAAAUGUAUAUAUUAAUGUGUACACUUAAUAACUAAAUUACUAAUUAAAUACAAGUGCUCGCGCAAAAAAAUGGACCCCAAUACGAAAUUCUAUCCUUUGAUAAGCUCGAUCCAGAAGGUAGCUUUGUUCGAGACAAAGUCGAAACUCUAUCUCGUGGGCAGCAAUGGUCAGGAAACCCGUUUCCGUCUGCUGGAAAUUGAUCGCAAGUCGCCGGAGCUUUCCGUUCAUGAAAAUGCCAACGAGCUGGAGAAGAGCGACAUCCGGAAGUUUGUUCAGUCGCGGUCGUUCACACGUUCGAUCAGUGCUUAUGGAGUUCUGGGAUUCAUCAAGUUUUUGGAGGGCUUCUACCUGAUUCUGGUGACCAAGAGAACGCGAUGUGCUUUUAUUGGAAAGCACAUUAUCUACACGAUCAAAGAUACGGCAAUGAUCCGGGUCAAUGAGGCACCGGUUGGGAAGCAAAUUCACCCGCUGGAGCAGCGAUAUGUGAAGAUGUUUAACAAUGUAGAUCUGAAGAGCAAUUUCUACUUUAGCUACAGUUACGAUUUGACCAGAAGUUUGCAGUAUAACGUUUCGGCUCCGAAUUUCGUGGGCAGUCGAAGCGAUAUCGAGCGAGAUGAACCGCUGGUGUGGAGUAAUAAAUCUGGGGAAAAGACGACGUAUGCAUUUCGAGGAGUAUCCCGUGAUAGAUUCGUUUGGAACGCGUACCUCUUGAAACCGAUGGAUGCGGUUUUGCAUAAGGAUUGGAAGCUUGAAGUUAUUCACGGGUUCAUCAGCCAAUCCAGUAUUAGUAUCUUUGGUCGGCCGAUCUAUGUGUGUCUGAUUGCCCGGAGAAGCACUCGAUUUGCCGGGACAAGGUUUCUGAAACGAGGUGCCAACUACUUUGGGGACGUCGCCAAUGAGGUGGAGACGGAACAAAUCGUACUGGAUGGGACAAGGAUGUGUAGCUUCACGCAGCUGCGAGGAUCGGUUCCUUCUCAUUGGUCUCAGGACGUCAGCAAAAUGGUUCCCAAACCGCAGAUAGCACUCGAUCUGUCCGAUCCAUAUGGGGAAACUUCCGGGAAGCAUUACCAACGGCUAAUGUUCCAUUACGGUGCCCCAAUCAUCAUACUGAAUUUGGUUAAAAAACGAGAGAAGCGACGACACGAAAGUGUUCUCAGUUCCGAGAUGGUCAGUAGCGUUGAUUACCUCAAUCAAUUUCUCCCGCCUCAGUUUCGCAUCAAGUACAUCGACUUUGACAUGGCCCGGAAGAGCCGGGGCAAAGGCAGCGUUAUGGAAAGUCUUGCAAAAUACGCUGAAAGCGUAAUCCAGCAGACGGGAAUGUUCUUCCUGGAUGAAGAGGUCACCACUCAACAAACAGGACUUGUAAGGGUCAAUUGUGUGGAUUGCCUGGAUCGGACGAACACUGCUCAGUUCGCGAUCGGCAAGUGUGUCCUCGCCCAUCAACUGUACGAACUGGGAUUUCUAAAAGAGCGGAAGCUAGAAUUCGAAUCCGACUGCGUAACCAUGCUAGAAAAUCUCUACGAAGAUCAUGGCGAUACCCUCGCGCUACAGUACGGAGGAUCCCAGUUGGUACAUAGGAUUAAGACGUAUCGCAAGACGGCAGCUUGGGCUUCCCAGGGAAACGACAUUAUACAAACGAUCAGUCGAUACUGCAGCAACACAUUCAGCGACACUGAGAAGCAGCAUAGUAUCAACUUGUUUUUGGGUUACUACAUUCCAUCGGAGUCAGAGGUCAAUAAAUCAACACACAUCUGGGAUCUGGAGACCGAUUUCUACAUCCACAAUUCUCGCGUCGACGUGAUUCGCAAAAUUUCUCCAGAACCACUGACCCAGUGGGUUCGGUCGUUUAUCAUGAAACACCUCCCGUACUCUACAAGUGAUAACAACCGUGUCGUGAACGAACUCAUCAAAAUUCACUCCACCGAUGCGGAAAUAAUCGAUUACUAUUCCAACUUUUACUACGGCUUUAAGCUGACGUCGUUCGAAGAGAACAUUGCCUACCAGUUGUCGCUCCUGGCACGAAACUUUGUGCCCACAUUCCGAACCAACUUCAGUCCGUUCGAACCGAUCCGAAGGCGCGAAAGUGCGGCCCUUAAAAAUCCUUCCCUGAGCGGCCAAUCGUCGACCAGUUCUACCAACAGUUCGUCAUCGAGUUUGGAUGAGGAUUCCGACUCGGAGGAUGACGAUCGAAGCAUCCGCAAUACGGCCCCGAGUAGCAGUGCCAAUAGCAGCCGGGCGGAGGAUCCAGUCACCAUCAGCAGCAUGUUCCCGAUGACCGGGGACGUGUAUGGGUUCGAAAUCAAAGCUCCCAAGAAAGCGGACAUGAUAAAGUACCACAAGUACGUCCAAAUGAACAGGAUAUGCAACCCCCAGAAUUAUGCCGGGUUGAAAAGUGAAACGAAACAGUCCCAGCAACAACAGCAGCAGCAAUAUUUGCUCAACCAUUCAACAGGCGAUGGAAUUGUGAUACAGAAUAAUGAAAUUCACUACCGGAAUCUGGAUCUCGAUCGACUAGCAACGGAACAGGAGGAUAUUCCGAUACCAACGGUGAAAGCGGAGAGCAUUGCCAUUUACGAAAAAUAUUGCCAAAUGCGUCAGUCUAUUAUGGUGCAAAAGGAGGUCGAUCCGGUCAUCAAAAGAUAUGUAAACGCUCUCAAGUGAACUGGCAUGGAAUUGAUAUUCAUAAUCGCAUUGCUGUUGUAGGAUUGUAGUUUAAUUCUUUUGCGCUUUUUUAUCCCAGGUGGGUCAAGGGGAUAAAAGUAAUCAAGCAGCUUAAAAACUGCUUAAUAAAUUGUUCAGAACAACAUAAUAAAACGCAUUUGUUCGAUCAUAUUGA